AUGCAUGGGCAGUCCCACACAGUAUGCCGUUUAGCUCUACAUUUACCCGAUGAACAACAAGUCUACUACAUAGUAGGAGAGCAACGACAAGCAGCUGCACGAGCACAAGAGCGUGACACACAUUUAAUCGCUUGGUUCAAGCUAAAUCAAUCUGAAGAGAAUGCUAGAAAUCUCCUUUACUGUGAUAUCCCUGAACAAUAUGAGUUUCACAAGCAAACUACAAAGUGGACACGGCGACUGCGCUUCGAUAAUAUUGUAACCAGAAUGUACUCCACAAGUCUACAUAAUGCAGAUAAAUUUUACUUAAAUAUGCUACUCCAGCAUAUCCCUGGCGCAACUUCUUUCAAUCAUUUAAGAACUGUUGAAGAUGAAGAAUUUGAAACUUUCAAAGAGGCGUGUUUUUUUAAGGCAAUUUUUAAAAAACUUUUCGGAAUGGUACCCAAUUGA